AUGAUUUUGAAAGCUAUAGGUAGGAGAGCCAUACUCAGGCCACUUUUACCGAGGCUUCUUGUCGUCAGAACAUUCAAUGUUACCUUGACCCGGUCAAUUGUGAAUCCUUUACUCCCUUUUGAUGUGUUGGAAGAAUUGGAAUCAGAUGAAGCAGAUGAACAGAACAAGUCAUUAAAAAAAGAAAAGAAAAAGCUUAUGCGCCAGAAGAAGACUAUCACCAAGAAGUUGGUUGAAGAGAAAGCUAAGAAGAAAGACGAUGGUACAAAAGAAUUGAGUACUGAAGUCAAGGAAACUGGGGUUAUGACAGCUGAAGCUGUGACAAUGCCAAAAGCGUCACAAGACGCUAAGCCAGUACCUCAUACUUCUUCAGGUGGGUCAAUUGGUGGUAAUGGAGGAGGAAAUGGGGGAGGCGGCGGAAAUGGAAACGGAAAUAAACCGCCCUCCGAAGACAAGGAUGGAGAACAGGAUGAACAAGAAAAUGAAAAGGAAAAGGAAAAGGAGAGAGAGAAGGAGAAGGAAAAAGAAAAAGAAAUAGAGGAGGAGGCUGAGGAAGAAGAUUUUGAGGCCGAAGAUACUAAGUCAAUGUUUUGGGAUGCCAUGAGCAGAUUCGGCAGAUUCUUAUUCAAAUGCCUCGAAACCAUUGGAAUAACUUUGAGUUCUGUUGGGGUUUUAGGUCUUUCGGGUCUCUUGUAUCAUAAAUUCUAUAACGAUCAUGUUUUGGACAAAAUGGAUACUGCAUUUCAAAAAGGCGACCCUGCUUACCAGUUGGCUAUGCAUAAGAAAACGAAUAAAAGGAGUGAAAGCAAAGGGAGCUACAAUCCAGAGAAUGAUGAUGAAGAUGACGACGCAGACGAUGAAGAUUUAUCUCAAUUCUGGGUUGAGCGGCCGCAGCAAAAACUUCUUGACGACAUUGUAAGUGGUAAAAUUCGGGGACGCUAUUUCUUGGUUGUUGGCGAAAAGGGUACAGGAAAAACGACAUUGAUUAUGGAAGCGAUGAAGAAAAUUGAUGGCAGCAAUGUUGCCAUCUUCGAUGCACAUGCCGAUCCGGAGAUUUUCCGGAUUCGUCUUGGCCGGGCAUUGAAUUUCGCCUAUAACGAGGAUUAUAUCGGUUCCCUUUUCAGUAUUCGAGGGCCACGGGAUACCACUGCAUUACUUGAUAUCGAAAGAGCAUUCAACAAGUUGGAGCAGCUUGCCAUUAAUCGACGCAUGACUGGUAAAUCUGACUCACCGUUGGUACUCAUAAUCAACAAUUCCCAUUUGAUCAAAGAGAACGAAGAAGGGAUUAAACUUUUGGAAUUGCUUCAACAAAAAGCUGAAAGUUUGAGUGGGUCCGAGUUAGUUACCAUAGUGUUCAACAGUGACGAUUAUUGGGUCUACGAGAAAUUGAAGAGGCUUGGGACGCGACUUGAGUUGAUAAAUGUGCGUGAUUUCAAUCGCAAAGAAACAGUCAAUGUUUUGCAGUUUAUCCGGGGUAAGUUUUUCCCACCAUCCAAGCACCCCGAGCUUGUGAUCCCUGUUGAAAUGUGCCACCAAAUUUAUGACUUGAUAGGCGGAAGACCGCAGCACAUUAGUCAGGUUGCAAGACAUAAGGAUGUACUUAAGGCAUGUCAUGAAAUCAUUGACCGAGAAAAAACAUGGUUUCUUAAUCAGUGCGGAUUGUUGGGAGAAGCUAUGGAUGACGAUGUGAUGGAGUUUGGUAAAUUUGCACUGAGUGCCAUGUUUUUGAUGCGAGAAUUUGUUCGCAUGGACCGCCAACGCAUGAACACCCUCAUCUCCCAGGACCAUCCAGAUGCGAAGGAUUUGUAUAAAGACCAUCAGCUUCCGGAACUACCACUUUGGAGGUCUCGGCAAGUCAUGACUCGUCCGGACUAUAUUCAACAGUAUGACAAUCUCAACAUUUUUACAGUGGACUCCGAUUCCCGAGUGCGAGCUGACUCUGUUCCUAUGAUGAGAGCUUUCCAUGAAAUUGCUGCCCAACCUCAUUUUGAUGAAUUAUUGGAGGACACAGCUGACCGCGUUUCAGCAAUUGAAUCAUUGAACAGAACACGAGAGUUGGUAAUGAAAGAUUUGGUGCAAGGUGAUCAGUACAACCUCGAAGAGAAGAACGGAAAGUACGUGGUGGGCAUUACAAAGGCAAACGAAGAAGAAGGUGCAGAGGGCCACGAACUCUACAUGGAGGAGAUCAGCAAAAAGGACCAGCGCCAAAAAUGGUGGAAGAAACGCAUGGGUCGUUUCGACGAGUCGUACCUUCCACCGCCGGUGGAAGAUAGCGAGUCUAAACCGUAA